UUAAGAAAUUUAGUUAAAUAGGGAGUAAUACCUCCGGAAAAUUCAAUUCCUUAUUAAAGGAAAAAAACCCGGUGUUUUCAUUGGAUCCAUAUCCCGGUCCAGUUUCCAAUCGUUUGCCGGUACCCCCAUUCCCCUAUUUCUCCCGCCGCCGGCUACCGCCUUUUCCGGCAUCGGUCACCGCCACCACCGCCUUCUUCCGACAGCUCUAAAUUGCCGAUUAUUGCCAAUCGAGAAGAGAACUUUUUCGGAGAGUUCCACGGUUUGAUAAAACCAGCUGCAAUUCAAAAGACCAAGCUGUAAGGAUGAUGAGAAAGUCGGGAUAUGGUUUACAACUAAGAGUUCCACCAUCACAGCAGAAGAAGAAACAGGGGGGACCCACAAGGCCUCCGCUUCCUACAGCAGCACUUGGUUUCGGAGAUGAUGAUGAUGACGUGGAAAAAGAAAUUUCUCGCCAUGCCUCCAAGAAUAAGGCUCUCAAAGAUAUUGAAGAACAGCAUAAGAAGGCAUUAGAAGAGGACCCUUCAGUAUUUGAUUAUGAUGGCGUAUAUGAUGAUAUGAAAAUGAAGGCUGUCCAACCUCGAGCUCAGGAUCGCGAGGAGAGGAGGCCAAAAUAUAUCCAGAUGCUAAUGGAGAAGGCAAAAGUAAGAGAAAGGGAGCAUGAGAUCAUUUAUGAGAGGAAAAUUGCGAAAGAGAGGAGUAAAGAUGAUCAUCUCUUUGCAGACAAGGACAAGUUUGUAACUGCUGCUUACAAGAGGAAACUUCAAGAGCAGGCUAAGUGGUUGGAGGAAGAGCGUCUUCGUGAACUGCGAGAAGAGAGAGAUGAUGUUACAAAGAAAGCUGACAUCAGUGACUUUUACUUCAAUCUUCAAAAAAAUGUUGCCUUUGGAGGAGAAGGCAAGUCCAAGAAGGCUGAGAAUCAUCAUGAACAGGAAGCAAUUCGGACAGAAGAAAAGCCUUCAUCAUCAGCAAAUGCACAUUCAGACAUGUCUAGGGAGAUAAAGAGGCAAGAUCAUGAAGCUUCCGCUUCUCCUCCUCGUAAAGAAAGGACUGAUCGGGCGGAUAUCAAGCCUCAUUCAGAUAGUUUGUCUGAAGAGGGGGCUUUAAAACCCGCUUCAGAUAAUGGACUAACUGCUGUCACUGAAUCUGCUGCAAGUGAUCAACCAAAAGUUGACCAUCAUAAAAGAAAUCAGGACGCUGUCACUGCAGCUAAGGAACGCUAUUUGGCAAGGAAGAGGGCGAAGCAACAAUAGGCUCUAGAGAAGGCCCUGAUGAUAUUCUGAUGCAAAAGUCAAAUAUUUGAAUAGCAGGAUAAAUCCAAAGCUGCGUAGCUACUUUGUUUCCCUUUUUGAUAGCUUUUAUGAGCCUGUACAUUAGUAAAAAAGGGAAUGAACAACCUUUCUAUCAUGUAACAAUACGUGGUUGAAGUGUCCAGUGUGGCAAAAAUGAUGGUAUAUCGACAUCAGGCGCAUUUCGUCUCUGGAGGAAGUUUGCUAAAAGAGCCAAAGGGCUGGAGUGUUCUUAUGUGCAGUAGAAAUGAGAACUACAUUUUUACAGUGUACGACUUUUAGCUGAAAAUAGUAAUCUCAAGUUGCACUUUGUAGAAUCAAGGUGGAGAUAAUAGGAACCUUACCCUUGUAAAUAGCAGUAAAUUAGUUGUGUCCAAUUCUGGUGGUACUUGAUGGCGAGAGAUCCGUAUGUUCCAAAAGACACCCAUGUGCCACUCCCCAACAAAUUAAAGGCCUUGUGCUCUUGGUCUGUCACGGGCAUGUUGAUCUA